GUCUAAGGGGCGGAAACGAUGCUAAAAACAUUAGCGACUCUCGGGGUUUUGUGUUGGUGUUUUGACGCUUAGUUUCUAAUAGACACGGAUUAAAAUCGUGUUUUUGGACCCUCGGGUAUCCGUUCACACAGCGUGUGAAUAAAAGAAAGCGUUUAAACGUGUUAAUUACGUGUUGUUCAGGUGGCUCGUUAGCUAACAAGCUAGCUAGCUGUUUAUCUCCAAGUGCAGGUCAUCCAAAAUGGAUGACAGUAAGAUGCUUAGCGGAAAGGUGAAGAAACCGGGCAAGCGUGGGCGAAAGCCAGCUAAGAUCGACCUGAAGGCAAAGCUGGAACGCAGCAGGCAGAGCGCGCGAGAAUGUCGAGCCAGGAAGAAGCUACGCUACCAGUACCUGGAGGAGCUGGUGUCCAGCAAAGAGAGAGCCAUCUGUGCCCUGAGAGAAGAACUAGAGAUGUACAAGCAGUGGUGCAUUGCCAUGGACCAGGGAAAAAUCCCGUCUGAAAUCAAAGCUCUCCUAACCGGGGACGAUCAGAAAGGCUCGCAAAGCAGCAGCACCACCAAAACCCCCAAAAACGGCAAAUACAACUCAUCAGGCAUCAGCCAGAGCAAGUCGACUUAGAUUCCACUUAAAGACUUGUGUUAAAAUAUACAGUCCAGCUCGCUGCAGGCAUGGAGGAAGUGAUUAAUGUAGAGCUGCCCAGACUGGUGUAUAUGAAGGAUGAAGGAGCAGAGCAGCAGUCACACACAGUACAAACAGGGGCUUAUUGGGGUUUUGUUGGAGGAAUCUGGGUAAUGAACACUAAAUCACUUCAACUCCACAGUAUUCACCUGGUAACAAACAUCAUUAUUUUCUUACCGUCUCAGAUUUCGAAGGUUAUAGGUGAGGCAGGUCAGAAAGCGAAUGUAGAGAGAAGGCACUGGUCUAAGCACUUUAACAAAUCUUUUUUGAAGAUUUUGCAGAGCACUGGGUUAAAGUUCUUCAUUCUUUUGCGUGAAGCCAAGUUAUUUCGUAUGUGUGUAUUUCCUACUGAAACAUAACGCACUUUCCUUUUUAUCCAUCCACAUCUGUAAAGCGUGGAUGUUUUAGUCACUAUAAGCAUCUGAUCUGUCAUCUGUCUACUGUCUGUACAUUUUACCAUCAGAUACUCAGAUGUAUGUAUUACAUUAACACCUACACUUACACUUCUGCUCUCUCUUUUUAUUUCUGUCUCUCUGUCUCUUUCUCUCUCUCUCUCUCUCUCUCUCUCUCUCUCUGUUACAAUCUGCAUUAAAUAUUAGUGUGUAUGUAAGAAAACGUUUCAGAACAAGUUCUCAUUAAAACUCAUACAGAAUAAAGAAUCAUGUUAAUUAUCAUGUCGUGCGAUCUUAACUUGUCAAUUAACUAAACCAAUGUUUUUAUUUUUUAAGUAGGCAUAUUCCACCCAGAUCAUACAGAAAGAAAGAAUUAGUUCAUAAAUGAACUCUUUGUACAAAACCAAAACCAAAAAACAGUAGCUCGGAUUUAACGCUAAAGUAUUUUGGACACCAUGAAUAAUUUGAGCUGUUUAUUUAAACAAUAAAAAAAAAAACUGUUCAGAUCGAUAAUAAUGUUCUGUAGAACAGUGACGCAUUUUUUUUUCUCCAUUUCCUGCCUGUCCAUUUCCAUUAAUGUCAUUAUUUUGCACAGAAAGAUAUGGAUAUUUUUAUAUUUAUGUAUAAAGUAUGUAUAGAACUGUUGGCAAAAGCUGAAACUAUUUGUCUAUGUAACAAAAAAUAUGUAUAAUAAAGAUGUGCAAUUGCUUAGCGUAAA